AUGUUAGCUGAUUCGUUCUCUCACAAGGAUCAUGACCAUGGUUGUAACGAGGAGAGCAACGAAGAACAUCUCGAUGGAGUGAAAGAAGAGGUUGUGGUCAACAUUACUGAAAUGAGUAUCAAGAAGCUGCGAUCCUCUGUGUAUGGCCUGUGUCUGCACUCCCUCUUCGACGGUCUCGUCGUGGGCUCAAGUGUGAUCUCAGCGAACGUGGAUGUGAUCCAAACCAUUUUCUGGGCGAUUCUGCUUCACAAGAUCUCUGCAGCUCUGGGUGUGGGCAUUUUCAUCCGCCAACUCCAUAUCUCCUACAAACAGGCGCUACGGUAUAUUUGCUGGUUCUCUGCGGCAACGCCUCUUUCCACCAUUUUCUCGUCUAUUCUCGUUCUGUUCUCAUCCUCUUACAUUCCCUCGUCUCUACUGGGCUAUGCGUUCGCAUUUAGCGCUGGCACGUUCCUUCAUGUGUCGCUGAUGCACAUUCUUCCAUCGAUAGGAUCGCAUGUUGGGUUUGUUCAGGUCGGUUUUAUCCUGAUUGGUGUAUUGAUUCCGUAUCUGUUGUUUACGGAACAUUCUCAUUGA